AUGGUCGUCUUCGUCGAUCUAGAAGAAGACGACGAACCUCUUCAUGUCCUCGAGGCCCGUCGCUUAGCAGCAGCAGCAGCCACCAUCACGGAACGCAUCGAAGCACACAACCGCCUGUAUCAAACUCAGUUCCUUAAGCCCAACAUGGCUGCCGUCGUUGCUCCUCUUCCAUUCCCAGCCCCGGGUAUGCCUAUGGCUCCUGCUGCUGCACCGGAGCCGACCCCGACCUUCCAGAGCUCGGCGACCCAAGCUCUGGGCUGCUACCCCAUCGUCAUGGCUAUUGCUGAACACAUUGACCUCAAUACCCUCGACAGUCUGGCCCGCACGUCGCGCCUGGUUCACCAGGGCCUGCUGCAGUACCGCAACAUCCUCCUCACAUCGACCCUACACUGCUCAAACGAGGGCGCUCCCGUCGACCCGGAAUCCACAUUUCGCUUCCGCGCGAGGGCGAGCAAUCAUUAUUACAUGGAAGACGGUCGCGCCUACAAUGGCAAGAGCGGUAGCUGUGCCAGGGACCUGGUGAUGGGUUGCCGGAGGUGCGGGACCGUUGUGUGCAGGAACUGUGCUAUCAAGCCCCCAUCCAGCGAGGUGAUUCGCGAACGCCAUCGCAGGUUAUGCCAGGCUUGUGUUAAAGCACCUAUCGCCUCACUCGUGAACCCUGCCCUGGAUCCCCAAACGUCGCUUUGCGACGACGCUGUGCGACGGGAGAUCUGCAGAUGCGAGCUUGAUGGUGUCUGGCUCUGCCAGCCAUGCGGGCGGAGCAUGCGCGCCGCCGAUCAGGACUACCGGCGCAUCUGGAAAUGGCGCGCACAAUACGGUGAAGUCCUCGGUGGCCUGGGUACGGGUAUCGGUGAAGGCGACCGCGGCGUCAUUUGCGGUCGGGAGCAGACCUGCAUCGGCGCCAAGGAGCGCGAGAAUGAGACCGACUGCGACGCAGAGGACGCAGCUGUCAGCGGCGCAAAUUUGUGGACGGCAACGGAUGACGUACAUCUUGAUUCUGUGCGCUAUGAGCGGACACCAAGCCCGCAACUCGGCCCGGGGUACGAGAGGCACGAGAUCGAAGGCAUCGGGGGUGUGGUCAAGACCAAGCUCGUGAGGAUGGUGAGCGUGGGCGCCUGCGUACCCGAAUGGGACGAUGAGAGAAGCCAGCACAAGAUUCUGCGGAGAGAGGUCGAGGGUAUCCGAAGGGGUUGGUGUGGUUGGUGCUGGAGAGUCGUUCCUGGAAAGGAUGACCUGGAGAAGGCCGGCGUCAAGUCGAUGGCACAACUGAGGAGUUCAAUCUGA